GAGUCGUCUGGCGGAACAGCGGGCAUCGAGUCAACUGGCGGAACAGCGGGCACCGAGUCGUCUGGCAAGACUGCGGGCACCGAGUCGUCUGGCAAGACUGCGGGCACCGAGUCGUCUGGCAAGACUGCGGGCACCGAGUCAACUGGCGGAACAGCGGGCACCGAGUCGUCUGGCAAGACUGCGGGCACCGAAUCACCAGGCACAACAGUGGACUCUGACUCAAUUGGCACGACAGCGGGCACCGGGUCAUUUGGCUUGCCAGCGGGCACCGCGUCAUCUGGCAAGGCAGUGGGCACCCGG